UUGUGAAAUGAGAGGCCCUUUAAAACAGUUUGCGCCGUUGUCUCUCAAAUGAAAGCCUAUUGGGGUGUCUGAUCUGAUCAAGCACUGAGCUCCACAGGUGCCCUUGGGACUACUGUUGGAAGCACGCCGUCUUUGCAGUUUGACUUUCAAUCUCGCUUAUCAUAAUGUAUGGGCUGCUGUGUGAGAGUCUGCACGACUUCAUCAAGGAAUCGUACGGGGACGACGUGUGGAAGCUGGUCAGAGAGAGAGCAGAUGUCCGGCUACACUCCUUUGUCACGCACCAGGUGUACAGCGAGAGUGUGAUUCCUCGCAUUGCGAAGGCAGCUAGCGGGGUGACGGGAACGCCCUACAAUGAGCUGAUGAACUCUUGGGGUGUCUACUUCCUGGGAUUUGUGGGGAAGUACGGCUAUGACAGAAUCCUCAAGGUGCUGGGCCGUCAUGUCCGUGACUUUGUCAACGGCCUUGACAACCUCCAUGAAUAUCUGCGUUUUAGUUACCCCAAGGUUCAGCCCCCAACCUUCUUCUGCCAGGAAGAAUCUGCCACUGGAGUCACCCUCCACUACAGGAGUAAGCGCAAAGGCUACCUGCACUAUGCCAUGGGUCAGCUGAGGCAGAUGGGCAAGCAGUUCUAUGACACUGACAUCCAUGUGGAGGUCUUGUCUGAGCAGAUGGUGGGGGACUACUCCCAUGUCACCAUGAGGCUCAACUUUGACAACUCCGCUUACCGCUACAUCAUGAAAGAGGAUGAGGAAGAGCAGGAGAUUCUGCCAAUUACUUCUGAUUUCUUCUUCGAGGUCUUUCCCUUCAACAUCGUCUUCAGACAGGACAUGGUGGUGCACAAUGUUGGCUCAGGACUUUCUACAGUCUUCCCUGAUUUAGAUGGAAAGAAGAUCAAUGAUGCCUUCUUGCUGGCUCGUCCCCUGGUGGAGUUCACGUGGAACAUGAUCAUCUCCCAUCCCAACAACUUGUUUGAGAUCAUGUCCAAAGAACCUGUGAAAAGAGAGAGGAAUCUUCACAAUCGAGUCCAGAGUAAGAGUGGAAGCCAUGUAAACAAUCGCAGGGAUUCUGACUAUGAAAAUGCCAAUCGGUCUGCUGAUGUGGAUGUGGAGCUCAUGGCUUUCCAGUCCAUUAUUGGAGACGAUUACAAAGACGGUAACAGCGCCAAUGCCAUGGAGAGCUGGGGUGACGGGAGCCGAUGCCUUAAACUGAAAGGACAAAUGCGAUACAUGCCUGAGUGGGAGUCGAUCAUCUUUCUUGGAACACCUGUGAUGGAGAGCCUCAGUGCUAUGUUUAAAACUGGACUGUACAUCAAUGACCUGAGCAUGCAUGACUCCAGCAGAGAUUUGGUGCUGGCAGGCACACAGCAGUCAGAGGAGCUGAAAAGAGCACUCAUACAGGAGCAAAAGAAGUCCAGCAAGCUAGAAGAGAGCAUGAAGAUGCUGGACUAUGAGAUGAAGAAGACAGAUGACCUCCUUUACAGAAUGAUUCCCAAGCCAGUGGCAAAGAGGCUGCGCAAAGGAGAGCCGGCUGUAAACACUUGUGAGGUGUUCCCAGAUGUGACCAUUCUUUUCAGUGACGUGGUGGGAUUCACUCGCAUUUGCAGCCACAUCACUCCCUUGCAGGUGGUAUCCAUGCUCAAUACCAUGUACACUUUGUUUGACACACUCAGCGAGAAGCACAGAGUCUUCAAGGUUGAGACCAUCGGAGACGCCUACAUGGUGGUCGCGGGCGCUCCGGAGAAGACCAAGUAUCACGCCCAUAACAUUUGUGACAUGGCAUUGGACAUGGUGCGCUCCAUUGAUCACUUGAAAGAUCCCUCAAAUGGAAACAACAUUCAGAUUCGUGUAGGCAUCCACUCUGGCAUGGUAGUAGCAGGUGUGGUAGGACACAAGAUGCCCCGUUACGGUCUGCAUGGCGACACGGUCCACACAGCGUCUGCGAUGGAGAGCAACGGAAAGGAAAUGCAUAUCCAGCUCAGCAGCGCCACCUAUGAGCACUUGAAAGGAAGCCACUUUAUUUUUGAAAGGAGGGGCACCAUUACCAUCAAGGGCAAUGUUGAGAUUGAGACCUACUGGCUGAAAGGUAAGCGGGACAAAGACGGAAACGCUCAAGCGGCCUGUCCUCAAUUCGAGACCCAAACCAUCAGUAAGGCCAUCAGCAAGGCCACCAUUACUGAGGUCAUCACCGAGGGAGACGAGGAGGGACUGGUUUUUCCACUGGUGCCGGGCGAGGACGAAGAUGAUGUCAAAUCUAUUCACUCUCAUCGCAUCAAGAUAGAGAAUUCAGGCCAUUCUCUGGAGGAGUCCGUGGAAGAGUGUCGGGUGGAGGAGAUGUCUGUCCAUAAGUCCCAUUACAAAGACGCUUUGCAGGACUCCUUGGAGGACGCUCACCUGGAGCUGGAAUCACCUGAGUGUGACGGUAGAGAUUCCAUGAUGGAGUCACGUGAGAGCUCAUGUGACUCCCGUUGCUCCAAGAGUGCCAUGUGUUCCGUGUCGUGAGCUGCUAGGCAUUAAAAUGGGAAAGCCAAACACGCUCUCUGAUGCCACAGCCAGGAAUCGACUCAAUGUGCACGCAACUUAAAAAAACUGAACAUGACCCAUUGUUUAAAAGAUGUGUUUGCUAUUGACCUUUUGGUCUGUUGAUGCUAGCCGUGAUAAGCUCCGGUGACCUGCAUUGAGUACAUUGACACACACUUAAAGCCUUUGUUGUGGUGUUUUAUUGGAUAGAAAUAACAAUGUUUAUUUAAUGCUCUUAAUCCCUUUAAACUGUAUCCAACUUCCACUAGCCCAGUGGAAGUCAAUUUUUAAGUUAACACAAAAUAAAUCCACUUUAAAGCAGUUACUUUUUUUUCCACCACUGCUUCGUGGUUCAGUUGAACACUGUAGCUAGAUCUGACAAUUAUUUGAAUGCCUUUGUCCUUUCUCAUUCGCGAUAUUUCCGUAACAAGUUUGUAUGCUCGGUAGAAAUAAAGCAAGUUGGCUUCAAAGGUGUGUGCAGCCCUGA